ACUAAAUCAUGCAUUUCAUGAUACAGAAUAAAAUAAAGGUUAUUACAACUUAAAGACUUUUAAACAAUAAGAACUGUGUUACAUUACUAAUAGAAGUAUAUAUUUUUUAAAAUGUGGAAAAAAUAUAACUCCUAAUAAUCAUCACUUAUAUGUGCGAGCACAGACAUGUCACUAGAAACUGAAUUAGAAAUAAUACAUUGAUUUUAGUUUCUUAAUUUGAAUGAUUUUAAUGAAUGAUCAAAUGCAACAUCAGAGCAACUGAGUUCACCUCAAAAUAUUACAUUCGGUUUCAAUGUAAUAAAUCUGAAUUAAAGUUAUGAAAUUUAAAUUCAGAGGUUUUUUCACAAACACUUAAGUCGACAAAUUCAGAUAUUCCAUAUUAAUGUAUUUCUUUAUUUCUGCACCUAGUCUAUGCAAGUUGAGCAAUUAAAAUUUAAUUAUAAAUGGACCAUUUCUGCCCACAGAGAGGAUAGAAAUUUUAAUGUUUGACUUUGGACCUAUCGUGGGUCCUUUUUGGGAGUAUAUGUCCGAUAAACGAAUAAAUUCUUUUGUGAAAUGUCUGUUUUGAGCUGGAAAGACGAUUUAAAGUGAAAUUGCCGAGAGCGCAUUCUUUAAACUGCUGAUUAAUUUUGUGAUGUACUAUGUCUUUAAGUUCAAAUCCAGUCACAUAAGUGGCAUACAUAAGUAUGAAAUUAUUUAGUCUGAGUACCCGUGCUGCUGUAAACGAUAACAUAUCGCAUCUCUUAAUAAAAAUAAUAAUAUUAAUCAGAUGUAGGGCUUGAAUGGACACCUCACUGCGCAGUAGGGUCACAGAUGACUCGCAUCCAACACAACUUUCUGCCGAGUCAUCUCCGCCCCGGGACGCUGCGCUCCAGGUUCCUCUCAUCUCCAUCGGUGGCCCGGACAGCAUGGAGAUGUCAGGCCGACAGAGAGCAUCCAGUGACCGUCACAGCUCUGAAAUGAUCCACGUUGCCGUAAGAAGUGUGACUGAGAGCCGAGACUUCACCGUGAGAGGAGACUGCACCGUCAGACAGUUGAAAUGGGGUCUGUCAGAGCGCCUGGGAGCCUCACCAGAGCAGCUGGUGCUGAUCCAUUCCGGCAGGAUCCUCAGAGAGUCCGAGCUGAUGAGUCACCUUAAAGGACACAAGGGGUCAGUCAGCCUCUGCAUGAUCCAAAGGCCUCAGCAUUCUCCUGAUUCACCCAGCAGUGAUCCAGCAUCAGAAACAGUCCAGUCGGAUCCCAAUAACUUCACCCCGUCUCCCACUUCUCCCCUCUGCCUGGUAGAAGGUCUAGACAACCUCGGCCUAGGAAACAGCGAGCCUGGCUUCUUCCCUGCUCUCCAGCGGCAGAUGGAGAGUCGACUGCUGGCGGACCCAGAGAUGAUGCGUCGUGUCCUGGCCAGCCCCUUUGUGCAGAGCACCCUCUCUGCUUCCAGCCCUCAACUAACCAGACAGCUCAUUCUGUCUAAUCCUCAAAUUCAGCAGCUGCUGCGAACAAACGCUGAAGUGGAAGAUAUGCUGAACAACACAGAUGUCAUAACACAGGUGCUGGAGCUCAUCAGGAACCCUGACAUGUUACAGGGAGUGAUGCAAAAUGAAGACAGAGCAUUAGACAGUUUGCAACCAGAGCAGGACAGCUCUGAGACCCUGACUAAAGAUUCAGAUGAGCGACAGAGGACAGAAACAAAAAUAAAGGAGAAUAGUGUCAAAGUAUCCCAGACAGCAGAGGGAGAAAACAGCCUCAGUCACUCCACAGACCCUCUCAGAAUAUUGACUGCUGCACCCAGAGCUGCUCCACACUCUGAAAGCACGAUUCCUGCAGGCAAGAAAAUAUUCAUCCACACAGCACACAAAAGAAGAAACAGAAACUAUAAGCUAUACACUAACUUUUUUUGCCAGUUUCAUUAUCAGUUCUUAAAAUAUUUUCCCUGCUUUUCUUCAUUUUCCACCUCUGGCCUCCCUCCUCCUGCUGCAGGUAUGCAGUCACUGCUGGAGGGAAUCACAGCCAGUCCAGGGCUGAUGGAGAGCCUCCUGUCUGGGCCGUACAUCAGCAGUCUUCUGAACUGCCUCAGUCAGAAUCCUGACCUGGCUGCACAGAUGCUGCUCAGCCACCCUUUGUUCUCAGGAAAUCCUCAGCUGCAGGAACAAAUGAGACAACAGAUCCCUCUGUUCCUGCAACAGAUGCAGAGUCCAGAGCUGCUGUCAGCUAUGUUGAACCCCAGAGCCAUGGAGGCUCUGCUGCAGAUCCAACACGGCCUCCAGACUCUGGCUGCAGAGGCUCCUGCCCUCAUACCUGCGGCUGGACUCGGGAACACUGGAGCCAGUGUUAACGCUGCUCCUGAAUCUACAUCUGAGUCUGUCCUGAACGGCCAAUCAGGAAGUGGUCCUCAGGUUGCCACAGUUACAGAGCAGCAGCAGCAGCAGUUUGUACAACAGAUGCUACAGGCACUGGCUAACACCGAUGAUGGGGUCCAUCAGGAGGACAACGAGUUCCAGGAGGAGCUGCAGCAGCUGAGCUCGAUGGGCUUCAGAGACAGACGGGCGAACCUUCAGGCCCUCAUCAGUACAGGAGGAGAUGUCACCACUGCUGUACAACAUCUGCUCCGUCUCUGACACACAAACACACACACACACACACACACACACACACACACACACACACACACACACACACACACACACACACACACACACACAUUUUGAUCUGUGCACACAAAUAACUGCACAUGCACUAACAUCUAUAUAAAAUCACCUGUGCUCGAACAUUGUAGUGAUAAAUAUUAUCAGUGAUUACAAAGUACUUUGCAAAAACACAAACAAAGCCAUAUUAAUAUCUUUCAUAGAUAUACUUGUAUUCAAUAACUUCCUAUAUUCACUCCAAUCUGCACUAGCAAAGUUAUCCUUUUUUCCUCAGGAUGUUGGAUGCUGCACAGAGUCUAAAGUAAGUUUGCAAUAUUUGCCAUACAAAUAUAUGUAAACUCUGACACUAGGAAACAUUAGGAGGAUUUUUGCUUCAUUUUUGGUCUUCCGGAGUCAGUACUUUGGGUUAACAAUUGUUUAGAAACAAAAAAAUACAGUUUCACUCUGUCCCUGGCAUGCACCAGGGCAGGUUUAUACAGGCACUUAAAUCCACCUUACAUACUGUAGCCUUGUAGCAGCUGCAUAAAUAUUCAGAAGUUGGCCAUGUUUUAUUAAUCUCCGCACAGCCACUCUACAAACCCAGGCCUCUUUUCAUGUUGCCACCUGGACAGAGUCUAAUGAAAGCUUUUAACACCUGGAGACAGUCAGAUGUCCUGGAAGCAGAUGGAGGAUUCACAGUCUCAGUCAACAGAUUGAACCAGAGGCGCAAUAUGUUUUGUGAUGUUCAGACUCUCCCUCGCUGCUCCUGUGUCUUGUUCACCACAGGCUGUAAAGAAAGUAGACCCACUAGGUAAUUACAAGGUCUGUCUCAAAAGGUACACCCAGUUUUAAAAGAUUUAUUCAAAGAGAGAGGAUGACUUUGUGAAAAGGCAAAAUGUGCUCAAAUGUUAGUGUCUAUUUUGAGGCUACAGAGACCCAGAAACUCUGAUUUGCACAGCUAAUCUUCUCACAGGAGAAAGUUCUAUCAGCCGCGAAAAAAAGGAUUCGAGUGGAGAAAAAAAAAAGAUUUUAUCAACACAAGUCAUGAUGAGAAAGAUUAUAAUUUAUUUUGUGUAGGUGAGGCUCUUAGGAAACCUGACGUGCCUAAGCUCCUUUCACUGCACUGACCAGUAAUACCUGCAGUAUGAUGUUCUUCCUUUAGCUGCUAUGCUACAGUGUUUUGUGCCAUAAGGUGCAUUUUAUAUCCUUGUAGAUUUCACUAGAAAAUAACUGACUGAGCAACAAACUUUCACUCCUUUAACUAACUUGUCGCUCUGAUGUAAACAAUCAAAACUAAUAAAAGCUGUCACUGUAUUUAUCUUGCAUCUUUUUGUCAGUGAACACAUUUCUGUUGUCUAUCAUUUUAUCAAGUGCUCUUUCUUUUUUUUAAAAUUCAUGAUGAUGUUCCGCUUUAUAAAACAUGUUCUGUUCCUUCCUUGCCUCAGUGUUCAUUGUAAUAUUAAGCUGUUUUAGAGCUGCUCCAAUGUGUUUUUUUUUU